AUGGAGGCCCCAGGAGAAGGAAGGCAGCAGCAGCAAACUGAAGACCCUGAGUUGCUGCUGCUGCGGGAGCAGCAGGAGCUGCUGCGGCGGAUUCUGCGGCAGCAGCAGCAGCAACAGCAGCAAGAUGCGCAGCAGCUGCAGCACGGCGAGCUUCAGCAGCAGCAGCAACACCCGCAACAGGAGCUAUGCGACCCUCUACUGCAGCAGCAGCAGCAGCAGCAGCAGCAGCAACAGCAGCAGCAGCAAGUCGUGUCUUCCGCAGGGGCCCUUCAGUGCGUGCUGCCUGCAUCUACCCGAUGGCAUUGCAGCGGCAGCAGCAGCAGCAACGCUCUCACAGGGGACUGUCUCCUGGUAACGAAGUCGCUGCUGCUGCUGCUGCAGCUGCAGCAGGGCGCCCCACUGUCUCUCCUCGAUUGCGGCACUAAGGCGAAGCCUCUCGCUGUCUCCUGGGUCCUUACAGCAGCAGCAGCAGCAGCAGCAACAGCAGCAGCAGCACCACCAGCUGCUGCUGCUCUUCCUGCUGCUGCUCCAGGUACCACACCCACCAGCAACAGCUCCACCUCCGGCUGCUCCAGCAAUGGCAGCAGCAGCAGCAGCAGCAACAGCAGCAGCUGCAGCAGCUGCAGCAGCAGCAGCAGGUUUCUGGGGAGGCGUGUGUGCUUGAAUUUCGAGUGUAUGGGCAGCCUCUUCUUCAGCGCGCAUGCAGACCGCACGGUGAGGCUGUGGCGUCUGCAGCAGCAAACGCUAAACCUGCUGCAGGUCCAACCGCAGCAGCAACAGCAACAACAGCAGCAGCAGCAGCAGCAGCAGCAGCGUAUCAGUGGAGUCAUGCCCCGUGCUGCUGCAGUGUCAAUGCAUAGACAGCAUCUAGGGGAGCCGGAGGCCUUAGCAGCUUGCGGGGGUUGUUUGCUGCCAGCAGCAGCAGCAGCAGCACCAGCAGCAGCAGCAGCAGCAGCACCAGCAGCAGCAGCAGCAGCAGAAGAGGGUGGGAUGUGGCUGCUGUGCGCCAGUGGAGACGCACGGGGUAAGAUUGUCUUCUGGCAGCACGAAGGGACUGUCUCCUUUUAUCGAGGAGACGAAGCAGCAGCAAAACCCAAAGUGCAAGCAGCAGCGAUGCAGCCGCUGCAGCAGAAAAUAGUUGAGAUAGCGCUGCUAUACGCGAAAGGCAGCUGCUGCAGCAGCAGCAGCAGCAACAGCAGCAGCAGCGGAAACUCUGGCAGCUGCUGCGCUGCGCGUGCUCCUUGGCACUGCCGUGCUGCCGCUACUGCUGCAGCAGCAGCAGCAACAGCAGCAGCAGCAGCAAACGACAGCAGCAACAGCCCUGUUGCUGCUGCUGCUGCAGAGCCAAUGCAGCAGCAGGAGACAGACGAUGAAGAGGAACCAGGGGAGAUUCGUGAAGACAGCAGCAGCAGCAGUAGCAACAGCAGCAGCAGCAACAGCAGCAGCAACACCAAUAGCAGUGGCUGCUGCUGCAGCGUUCUUGCUGCUGUUGGAUACGAAGGAGGGGCUUUGCUGCUGGUGGAUGUGCUGCAGCAGCAAGUGCUGCGGAGCCUGGGGAGACAUAUGGAUCGCGUAACGAGUCUCUGCUUCAUAAGGCCCUGCCUGCAGCAGCAGCAGCAGCAGCAGCAGCAGCAGUUGCAGCUGCAGGAUUCAUUGGUGGAUGUGCAUGCGGGGGCUGAAGCAGCAGCAGCAGCUCAGGGGUGGCUGCUGGCGUCGGCUUCGCGCAGCCAGGAGCUGCUGCUGUGGCAGCUGUCUCCUGCUGCUGCUGCUGCUGCUGGGGGUGCUGUGUUGCUGCAAAUGCGUCUAGCUGCUGCAGAGGCGGCGGCCCCGAGUAGCGGCAAAGGGAGCAGCAAGCAGCAGCAGCAGCAGCAGCGGCUGCAGCAGAACACCAGCAGGCUGUGGUUGUCUGUGGGGUGGCAUCCAGCAGCACCAAAUUGUCUCCUUCUGGGGUCUCUCGUAGGCGAGCUCUUGUGUCUCCAUCUGCAGCAGGCGUUAGCAGAUGCGCAGCAGCAGCAGCAACUGCUGCUGCUGCCCCAGCCUAAAGGCGGGAAGAAGAAGCGCCCGCAGCAACAGCAGAAGCAGCAGCAGCAGCAACAGCAACUUACGCGACUGCUGCAGCCGCACACGCGACCCAUCUUUUCAAUCUGCUGCUUUGCUGCUGCUGUUGCUGCUGCAGGGGGCCCCCCUGCUGCUAGGUGGCCAGACACCCCCGAGGCAGCACCAAGGGCAACAGCAGCAGCAGCAGCAGAAGGAGAUGCUCUUGCUGCUGCUGCUCCUCAUUUGCUUGUACUCACGACAAGCCUGGACAGACAGCUGGUGCUCUCCGCCCUACCGCUGCUGUCUCCUCAAGAGACAUCAGCAGCAGCAGCAGCAGCAGCAGCAGCAGCUCCUGCUGCUGCUCAGGCAGCAAAUGAAGCUUCAACAGAAGCAACAGCAGCCGAGGAAACAGCGACAACAGCAGCGGCAGCAGCAACAGCAGCAGCAGCAGCAGAAACUCCAGAUGGAGUUCGUGGCAGCAGCUCAGCAGCAGCAGAAUCAGCAGCAGACGGAGCAGCGGCACCACCAGCUGCUGCCGAGACUGCAGCAGCUGCAACAGCAGCAACAACAACAACAACACCUGCACCAGCAGCAGCAACAGCAGCAGCAGCAGCAGCAGCAGCAGGUGUGAAUGCGAAGGCAUGCUUGCUAUGGAAGCUGGGGUGUCUAGGCGGCUGGGUGCAGUCUCUUUCAGCGUCUCCUCUGGACCCCUCUUGUGUCUCCGUUGCAUGCGGAGACACAACAAUUCGUGUUGCUGAUGUGUCUGCUGCUGUAGAUCAGCUGCUGCAGCAGCUGCUGCAGCGGCAGCCGCUGCUGCCUCUCAUAGACCCCCACGGCUACCUCCUCUCCCCAAGGAUUGCUGCUGCUGCUGCAGAAGCAGCAGCAGCAGCGCAGGAGGGUGCUGCACCACUGCUGCAGCAGCAGCAGCAGCAGCAGCAACUGCUGCCGUUUCCCCACGUACUGCCUCCUUUGCCUCCGCAGAAUGAGCAGCAGGAGCAGCAGCAAAUGCAGCUGGAGCAGCAGCAACAGCAGCAGCAGCAGCAAGUGUCUGUUGAUUCUCUAGGGCUAUGCAAGCCCUUCUCUUCUACUUUAUAUUGGCGCGAUCUGCAGGCUGCUGUUACUGCGGUGUAUGUACACCCCACAGCUGCAGGUCUUGUUGCGUUUGGUUUAGGAGACGGCCACUUCGGAUUGAUGCAGCAGGAGACACAAGAAGGCAUGCAGCAGCAGCAGCAGCAGCAGCAGCAACGGGCUGUCACGCUGUUCUCAGCCAGACAGGCCCUUCUCGCUGCUGCUACAGAACUCUGCUGGAUUAAGCUUCCUCCUUGCUGCGGUAGCUGCUGCAACAGCAACCGCAGCAGCAGCAACAGCAACAGCAACAACGGCAGCAGCAACGACAGCAGCAGCAACUGCAGCAGCGGCAACGGUGAGGAUAUGGGAGACAGACGGGCUGCUGGGGAGACAGAUGGCGACCUGCAGCAGCAGCAGCAGCAGCAGCAAGCAGAGAUGCAGAAGGGCGGGAGUUUGUUUCCUACAGAGGGGCAGCAGCAAAAGCGGCAGCAGCAGCAGCAGAGAUGGUUGCUGCUCGCAGCAACUGCAGCAGGUCAAGUACUUGCUGCUCAGUCAGCUACAGCAGCUUCGCGCUCCCAGCAGCAGCAGCAGCAGCAGCAGCAGUGGCGGCGGCAAGAUCAGCAGCAGCAACUGCAGCAACACCAGCAAGAGGGACAAAGCUUCAGCCCCACAGUCUUAACUGUGAAGCAAGGAGAUGUAACAGCAAGUGCAGCAACAGCAGCAACAACCCCUGCUGCUGCUGCUGCUGCAGAGCGGACUACCCACGUGGAGCAGCUGUCUGGGUUGCUGCCGUUAGCUGUCUCCGUGCCAGCAGCUCUCCCAGCUGCAGCAGCAGCAGCACUGCAGCAGCACGUUGCUGCUGCAGCAGAAGCACUGGGGCAUGAACCCGAGGCGGCAUCUGCUGCUGCUGCUGCUGCAGCAGCAGCAGAUGCCCAGCUUCUCUGUGUCUUGGAUUGUAUGCCCGUGCAGCAGCAGCAGCAGCAACAACAACAGCAGCAGCAGAAUAAGCAGGCUCAAGUCUACCUGCACGUAAUGGCACCGGUAGUGCCACCGCAUCGUUUCAGCAGCAGCAGCAACAGCAGCAGCAACGGCAGCAGCAGCAGCAGCAGCAGCGCAGCGACAUCAUCCCCUGUUGCCUUCGUGUCUCUGGGUCGACUGCCCCUCCCUCUCAGCAGCAAACCCACAGCAGCAGCUGCUUGGGAAGGCAGCAGCAGCAGCGGCAGCAGCAGUGCUGGUUGCUGGAGUUUUGCUGCAGGGAGCGCGGAGGGUGCAGCAGCAGCAGCAACAGCAGCAGCAGCCGGUGCUGCCGGCGACGUCUCAGCAGCAGAAGCGCUGCUGGCUGUAGGAGACGCUGAUGGAGGCCUUUGGUUAGCUGCGUGGGGUGAUAUACUGGCGUUGCUGCUGUUGCUGCAGCAGCAGCAGCAGCACGGGACGCCUCUUCGUGCUGCAGCAGAGGCGCGAACUCUUAUGGAAAUCUGCUGCUGCAGCUACAGCAGCAUUGCUGCUCACGCUGCAGCAGCAGCUGCCUUGGCGACCCCAGCUCUAAGCAGCUACCCCCUCCCGACGCAGCAGCAGCAACAGCAGCAGCAGCAAAAAAGCAGCAGCAGCAGCAGCAACUGGGGCUUGACUAGCUUGGCGUGGACAGUACGGUGGAGACGAGAUGCAGCAGCAGCAGCAGCAGGGCUGCAGCAGCAGGAGAUUCUUCUUGCUGCCACUUGUGCAGGUGGUGCUGUUGCUGUUGUUGCAGUGCGGCUUUGUGCUGCGGCUGGUAGAGAAGAGGACGCAGACGCAAACCUGCAGCAGCAGCAGCAGCAGCAGAGGGGGCCCUUAGGGCUGCUGCAGCAGCUGCGGCGUGUCAAGCCCACAGCAUCACCCCUCGCCUGCCUCCGCAGCUGCUCCUCAUCGUCUCUAGAGCAACAGCAACAGCAGCAGCAGCUGCAGCAGCAAUUGCAAAGCGGCGGCGUUGAGCAGUGUGUCUUUCUAUGGGACCCCUUCCGCCUGCCCCUUUACCCUCCCCUCAGCAGCAAAGCCUCAGCAGCAGCAGCAGCAGCAGCAACAGGAACAGCGAAGGCGAUGCAAACGAAAGCAGCAGCGCAGCAGCAGCUGGAUAGAGGGCGUCUGCCGACUAGCCAGGCAGCAAGCAGCGACGUACCUGCAGGUACACCAACAGCAGCAACAGCAACAGCAGCAGCAGCAGGAGCAGCAACAGCAGCAGCAGUGCAUCCUGCCGACGAGGAGACGGCUGCCUCCUCCAUACAAAGUCCAGAUGGAGACAGAAGUGCAGUGGUGAAAGCAGCAGCAGCAGCAGACGCGGCUGCUGCGAGCUCUGCUGCUUCAACUGCUGCUGCUGCUGCUGCACUCCCGAAGGAAAGCUGGUGCAGCUGCGGCGGUGCGUCUCAGGAGCUGCAGCAGCAGUGCAGCAGACUGAGAGCAGACAGCUUCAGCGAGGCAGCAGUGGAGACAGCCACGGAUUACGUUAUGAGCAAGCUGCUACAGCAGCAGCAGCAGCAGCAGGAACAGCAGCAGCAGCACAACGCUUUGCUGCUGCUGUUCCUGUUGGGUGACCAGCGACCAGACGCGAGAGCUGCUGCUGAGGCCUCUCUUCCGUCUCUCUUAGGAGACCCCAAGGGGGGCCCACCGGGAGACUUCGCGCUGCGGUUAGCAGCCCUGUGGCUGUGGGGCCCCCAGGCGGCUCUUCAGCUGUACCAGCAGCUGCCUUGGGAGCAGCAGCAGCAGCAGCAAACCAAAAACAACUGCAGCAGCAGCAGCAGAAGAGAGACUUGCUGCUGCUGCAGCUGGUUCUGGUUUGCUGUUGCUGCUGCUGCUGGCCUCAGCCCCACAGCGCGUGUUGCUCUGCUACCGCAGCAACACCCGCUGCAGCGACAAGCUCUAGACGCCUGGCUAGCGGAAGCAGAUCAGCAGCAACAAAAGCAGCAGCAGCAGCAGCAGCAGCAGCAGCAGCAAGAAUGGCGCAUCGGGCGUUUGCUGCGACUGGCGCUGCAUCUCGAGGAGUGGAGCAGUGAGCUGUCAGCAACAACUGAUGGUUAG